AUGGAUAAUGAUACUACAGUGUUUUUUCUCUUGGAAUUUUCAAAUAUAUGGGAACUACAGCUUCUGUAUGCAAUGGUACUUUUGUUUUUAUAUUUGAUUGCAUUAGCAGGAAACUUACUCAUUAUUUCUGCAGUUGUUUUGGACUCCUGUCUUCAUAUCCCCAUGUACUUCUUUCUGACAAAUUUAGCCAUUCAGGAUAUUGGUUCUGUUUCAGUCAUUGUCCCCAAAGCUGUUUUCAAUUCAGUAAUGAACAUCAAUAGUAUUUCUUAUCCCGAAUGUAUACUCCAAGUGUUUUUGUUUGUAUUCUUUGUAGACUCUGAUAUUUCUCUUCUUACUGUCAUGGCAUUUGAUCGGUAUGUUGCCAUUUGCAAUCCUUUACAAUAUGAGAUGAUAAUGAAUAGGGAGGUUUGUACCAAGAUAAUUAUUAGUGUUUGGAUUGUCAGCUUUCUCAAUGCUGUAUUAAACACAGUGGGAACUUUCAUUACUCCUUUUUGUUCUAAUAUGGUCAAUCAGUUUUACUGUGAAAUCCCACCUCUACUUAAACUUGCCUGCUCAGAUUUAUAUGUAAUUGAAACUGGAAUUGUAGGAUUUAUUUUUACAAUAACAUUUGGUUGUUUUGCUUUUAUCAUUGUUACUUACAUUCAGGUCUUUGUUGCUGUUUCAAAAAUCCCUUCUGAUCAGGGAAGAAAAAAGGCCUUCUCCACUUGCUUCCCUCACCUUAUAGUUUUUUCUUUAUUUUUAUUUACAGCCUCACUUGCUUAUCUGAGGCCUCAGUCUGAGAAACAAUCAAACUUUGAUAUCAUUGUUACAAUAAUGUACUGCAUUAUUCCACCUAUGUUGAAUCCAGUAAUCUAUAGCAUGAGAAACAAGGAUAUUAAGGUUUCUCUUUCAAGAAUUCUGGUGAAAACACUGAGUUCCUUGGCUUUUGAAAUCUGGUGGUUCUUCUCCAGCUACCAAGCCCAAGCAGCUGAUCCAAGAAUGCUGGAUUUCAAAAGCCAAGGAGCUCAGUGCUACAAGGAGAAGAAGUGCCAGGAAGCCAUUGGCAAGUAUCACAGUGCAUUGCUGGAGCUGAAGGGACUGUUGCUGGCCCAGGAAGACUCUGAGGGCACCACUUCGAAUGCCUGCUUUAUGGGGGCCAGCAGCCUGGCAAACUCUUACAACAGCUUAGCAGGCUCUUUAAAUUUGCAAAAAGGGUCCUCUGAGAAGGAUGGAUUUGCAGUAUUAAAAAAGAAGACAGAGAAUUGUGAUUUAAUGACUGAUCUAUAUACUCUACCAAUUAUCUGA